UUGGAGCUUCCUGCCUGCCAACGACAGUGAAAUCAGAACCAUCGACCAACAUGAAGCUUCUCUGCAGUGUGCUAAUCCUCGCCAGCGUUUUCGCCGCCCAAGCCAUGCCGGGAGCCGUGCAGACGCAACUGCAGAGCGCCCUGGACCAGUACCUGGUGCACGCACGGGACUUCGAUACCACCAUCUCGGCCGACGUGACCACGCAGUGCUUCAACUUGUAUCUGCCGAUGCUGAACGAGGUGGCCGCCACCUUCUCUAGCUCGUACCGGUCCUGCGUGACUACCGCCAGCGCAGAGACGGCCAAUCUCACCGCCCAGGUCGCCCAGCAGCAGACGAUCUACCGGCAGGAGGUCACCUCCCUGUGCAGCGCCUUCACCACCUGCGACAGCGACAAUGACACCAGUACCUUCUUCACCUGCUACGCCACCGCGGCCAACAGCGACGUCUCCCUCAUCUACGACAUUGCCACCAAUGCCGCCACCUCGGCCAGCAGCCUCAGUGAGGGCUUGAAGGCUAUCCAGGAUACCGAAUACCAGUGCACCAACACCACCGAGAGCAACUACGUCCGCGACACGGCCGCCACAUACGACCUACUCGACAGUUGCCUCAAGUACGGUGUCCCCACAGUCUCCACUGCCGCUCCCGUCCCCUCUACCAACGGCCCCGUGGCUAGCUCGAGCGGGGCUCCUACCACUACUGUCAGCACUCUGGCUCCAACAUCGAACGUUCCGGCUAGUAGCGCCGUCCCAGUGACUACCGCUGCCCCCCGCACCACAGCCGCUGUGACCACUCCUGCCGCCGGCACCCCAGCCGCUGCCUAGAGGCCAACUAGAUACCCAAUAAAAGAGCAUUUAAAAAUC